AUGCAAUUAAAUGAGAGUUCUAUAGUUGACUGUCUUUACGAAGAUUUACCAUCAGACGAUCAAAGUUGUACGACCGUAGAUGAUACAGAUGAUGACCAGGACUACUUACCUCCACAAAAGGCCAUAAUGGUAGUAGAAGAAGAUAACGAAGCUAGUGAUGAUACAGAUAAUUUUUCACAAAUCGAAGUGCCUAUUAAUCAUACCCAAAAUGCUAUCGAAUUCAAUUUCAUACCACCGACAUGGUCAAAAAACGAAAAAUUUUCAAUUGACCCAUUAUCCGAUUUUAUUGGAACAACAGGCCCUAGUGAUUUAAUCGACAAAGAACAAGAUCAUACACCAUUUUCAGUUUUCAAACUCUUAUUUUCCGAUGAAGUCAUAAAUUUAAUAGUAGAACAAACUAAUUUAUAUGCCCAGCAAAGAUAUAUGAAGACAGGAAAAUUGUAUAUGAAAACUACCAAUCAAGAAAUUAUGACAUUUCUAGGUAUAAAUAUAUUGAUGGGUAUAAAAAGAUUACCUAGCUAUAGAGAUUAUUGGUCAUCAGCACCAGACCUUCACGACAGUUAUAUAAGUCAAUUAAUGACGGUUAAUCGUUUUGGUUGGUUGCUGUCUACUAUGCACCUAAAUGAUAACAACAUGAUGCCUAAAAAAGGUGAAAUAGGUUAUGAUAAACUUUAUAAAGUUAGGCCAUAUUUAACAAWUUUGAAAUAUAAUUUUCAAAAGUAUUAUAAUCCUGACAAAAUUAUUGCGGUCGACGAAUCCAUGAUCAAAUUUAAAGGACGAUCAACUUUGAAACAAUAUAUGCCGAAAAAGCCUWUUAAAAGGGGAUACAAGGUUUGGUCACUUGCAGAUAAAAAAGGGUACUUAUGGAAUUUCGAAAUAUAUUCAGGUAAAGUUGGUGAMAAUGUGGRAAAAAAUUUAGGCGGUCGUGUUGUAAAAGAUUUAUCGUUUCCAUUACAGAACAAAAACCAUCAUCUUUAUAUUGAUAAUUUUUUUACGAGUUUGCCCCUCCUUUCAUAUUUGAAAAUGAAAGGAAUAAAUGCUUGUGGAACAAUAAAUUUAACGAGAAAAUAUUUACCAAAAUUAUGUCCAGAUAAAAAUAUGAAACUGGGAGAUUAUGACUGGCAAAUAACUGAUCAAGAUAAUAUAUCUAUAGUAAAAUGGAAGGAUAAACGAAUCGUUAGUUUAUUAUCUAAUUUUCACGAUCCACAAAAUGUAACCCAGGUGCAAAGGAAGUCCAAAGAUGGUUCUGCAAUUAUAGUUAAUUGCCCUAAAGUUCUACAAGACUAUAAUAAUAAUAUGAAUUGCGUCGACAAGUUUGAUCAGAAUAAAAAAUCUUACCAAAUGGACAGAAAAAGUCACAAGUGGUGGCAUCGAAUUUUUUUUUAUUUUAUUGAUGCUUCAAUAGUUAAUGCCCGUGUUAUUUWUAAAGAACUGUGUCCAGAAAAAACAACAUUAAAACAGUUUAAACGUGAUAUUUCAAGAGAAUUUGUAUCGAAAACGUCAGUGCAAAAACGACGUAUGACUGUAGAGCCGUCAUCGCCAUCGCCAGUUAGUAUAAAAAAAGGAAAACCAACAGUUUCCCCAUCAAUAAGAAUGGAACAAUCCGCACAUCAACCUACAAGAUCGACAAGAAGAAGAUGYACAUUAUGCAGCACAAAAGAUAACGAAACUCGAACAAAUUGGAAAUGUUCAAUUUGUGAUGUUCCGUUAUGCUUGGGAAAAAACAAGACUUGCUUUGUACAAUACCACAGUAGUUGA